CUAAACUUUGAGAGACGCAACUGUAGAAUGAGGUUUAUCUUGCGUCAUCUGCAUUCACUUGGAGUGAUCAACAAAUUUGAUUCCUUUCUUCUACAUUUUCACACCAAAUCGCUUAAAUCUAACCACACUUUGAAGCAAUAUCUUGAAUCUGGGGAACCAAUCAAAGCUCUUUUAGAUUUCCGGCACCGAUUCAGACAAAGUCCUAGUUUUGUUGACAGUUUUUCUGUUUUGUUUGCCAUUAAAGUUUCGUCAGCUCAGAAAGCUUCCUCACUUGAUGGUAGACAGAUCCACGCUCUUGUAAGAAAACUAGGUUUCAAUGCCGUUAUUCAAAUUCAAACAUCUUUAGUGGGAUUCUACUCUUCCGUGGGUGAUGUCGAUUAUGCACGCCAAGUGUUCGACGAAACGCCUGAGAAACAGAACAUUGUCUUGUGGACAGCGAUGAUUUCAGCUUACACUGAGAAUGAGAACUCUGUGGAAGCUAUUGAGCUGUUUAAACGAAUGGAAGCGGAAAAGAUCGAACUUGAUGGAGUGAUUGUGACUGUGGCUUUAUCAGCUUGUGCUGAUCUCGGGGCGGUGCAGAUGGGAGAAGAGAUUUAUUCGCGUAGUAUCAAGAGAAAACGAAGAUUGGCUAUGGAUUUAACUCUGAGAAAUUCACUUCUUAACAUGUACGUGAAAUCUGGGGAAACUGAGAAAGCUAGGAAACUCUUUGAUGAAAGUAUGAGAAAAGAUGUGACUACUUACACAUCUAUGAUCUUCGGGUAUGCUUUAAACGGUCAAGCUCAAGAAUCUUUAGAACUCUUCAAGAAAAUGAAGACGAUUGAUCAGAGCCAAGAUACUGUCAUUACUCCAAAUGAUGUGACUUUCAUCGGCGUCUUGAUGGCUUGUAGUCACAGUGGCUUAGUAGAAGAAGGAAAACGACAUUUCAAGAGCAUGAUUAUGGAUUACAAUCUGAAACCUAGAGAAGCUCAUUUCGGAUGUAUGGUGGAUUUGUUUUGUCGGUCAGGUCAUUUGAAAGAUGCUCACGAGUUCAUCAAUCAGAUGCCGAUAAAGCCAAACACAGUGAUAUGGAGAACACUGCUAGGCGCUUGCAGUCUUCACGGGAAUGUUGAGCUCGGAGAAGAAGUUCAGAGACGGAUCUUUGAGUUAGAUCGUGAUCAUGUCGGAGAUUAUGUUGCGUUGUCAAAUAUCUACGCUUCAAAAGGAAUGUGGGAUGAGAAAUCAAAGAUGAGGGAUCGUGUGAGGAAGAGAAGAAUGCCUGGUAAAAGCUGGAUUGAACUCGGAAGCAUUAUCAAUGAGUUUGUCUCAGGACCUGAUAAUAACGAUGAGCAGCUGAUGAUGGGAGAGAUUAGUGAGGUUUUGAGAUGUUUAGUUUCUUGUAUGACAAGUUUUGAUUGUGUAAUAGGGAAAAAAAUGUAGACCAAAAGAGUCUAGUGGAAGUUAAUCAAAGCCCACUUGUAGGAGCCUG